ACAGAGUUAUUACGUGCAGGCGCUAACAUAGAUCACACGGACGUGAUUGGCAGGACGGCGUUGAAGUAUGCUGCCAUUAGAGGUCAUACGGAUACGCUCACAGAGUUAUUACGUGCGGGUGCUAACAUAGAUCACGCGAGCGGUCAUACGGAUACAGUCACAGAGUUAUUACGUGCGGGUGCUAACAUAGAUCACACGGACGUGAUUGGCGGGACGGCGUUGAUGUGGGCUGCCUAUAGAGGUCAUA